UUAAUGGAAAGACGCUAAGUGUAUUUCUUUGAGAAAACAUCACAAGUUGGUAUUAUGAAUUUAAUUUACGGCCACUUUUGUAAUCUUAAUGCAGUCACAAAAACUUAGAAGAUAGGAACUGUGGCUACGUAACUUGUGGGCGCUGUUUAUAAUGCACUGAUGCCAAAUGUCCUUAGGAGGAGCGCCUGAAACUGACGCCAUUUUGGCUCAUAUGUAGUUAGUAUUUGACAAUGCAGAGCCAAAAUGGCAUAAAAUAAAACAGUCAUAUUAGAAAGUUUAAGCAACCUCGGCGACUGUCUGCCAGAGUAACAUCACAGUAGCUGGCUAACUGAAGUCCCUUGCUAACGUUCGCUAGUUAGCUAACUGGGCAGUCGUGAGUUGAGGUAUAAUCAGCUGACAAGGAAAUAAGGAAGAGUACUGUUACGAACGUUAGUAAGGCGGUACAACGGCGACUGAUUUAACACGCUAGAAUUUUCUCCGUCUCCCUGUUCCUAGCGCAUAACUUCGAACAAAUCUCUUCCUCAGCUGCUCUGAAACACCCAAUUCUACAAAUGGCAACGAGGAUCAGCACGCAGCGGGGCCAGGUGUUUAUCGGUGAGCUGCCCCAGGACUUCCUGCGCAUCCUGCCCACCCAGCAGCAGCAGCAGGUGCAGCUGGACGCCCAAACUGCGCAGCAGCUGCAAUACGGAGGCAGCAUGGGCACUGUGGGCCGGCUCAGCAUCACCGUUGUGCAGGCCAAGCUGGCGAAGAACUAUGGCAUGACCCGCAUGGACCCGUACUGCCGUGUUCGACUGGGCUAUGCCGUCUACGAAACGCCCACCGCCCACAACGGCGCCAAAAACCCUCGCUGGAACAAGGUGAUCCAGUGCACUGUCCCGCCCGGUGUGGAUUCCUUCUACCUGGAGAUUUUCGAUGAGAGGGCGUUCUCCAUGGAUGACCGCAUCGCCUGGACACACAUCACUAUCCCUGAAGGCCUGAAGGAGGGCAGCGUGGUGGAUGAGUGGUACAGCCUGAGCGGAAGGCAGGGGGAUGACAAGGAGGGCAUGAUCAACCUGGUCAUGUCCAUUGCUUCUAUGCCAGCUGGCAUGCUGAUGCAGCCUCAGCCAGUGGUCCUCAUGCCCACGGUGUACCAGCAAGGAGUUGGAUAUGUGCCUAUUGCAGGUGUGCCCACAGUGUAUAACCAGGGCAUGGUUCCCAUGGGAAUGCCUACCGCUCCUGCCCCUGUGUCACGUGGCGCCCUCUGCAGCGAGGAGGACCUCAAGGCACUGCAAGACAUGUUCCCCAAUCUUGACAGAGAGGUGAUACGCACAGUGAUUGAGGCACAGCAGGGGAAUAAGGACGCCGCAAUCAACUCUCUUCUUCAGAUGACGGAGGAGCUGUAACAGACCACUUUAAAUCACCCUGUAAAUAUCUAUACUGUAUAUGUGUAAGCUGUACCUGCAUCAGUGAGCGUUUGACAUAUAUCUAUAUCAAUUCCAUUCUAAAUGUUUAAAGGAUUAUAAUUUAUUUGAAAACGAUAAAGGAGAUUUUGUAAUACAGGGUUCUAAUAGAAGCAUUUAUCAGAGACCGAAUUUAAUAGGGCAAUGUUGUGUGUAAACGGAAUAGAAAGUCGGGGGUGGAGGGGAAAUAGAUUUUAGCCAUUGACACAUGUGGAUGUAUGAACCACUUAGCUCAUGUUGCCAUUAAAUUGCGCUGGCUAUUGUAUUGAAAUGUUUUUCAAUUGUAACCUGUUUCUUUUUUUUGUACCUGUGUCCAGUUAGAUUUGGGCUGAUUCCAACCAAAAUGUGUAAUGCUGCCUCUAAGAUCUGUAAUAUGACAGGGCUCACUAGUACACAGACAGACAGGAAAGUUCAGACAUGCGAAAGUGAUGUCUAUGCAGUAUGAGGAUAUUGCCGUCUGCCAAAGGUGAUAAAAUAGAAUUAAUUUCCAUAUAUCUGGUGCAUCCAUUUUGGUGUAGGUAAAAACACCAUUAUUAUAAUAAUAAUAAUAAUUAUAAUUAUAAUAAUUAUAAUAAUUAUAAUAAUUAUAAUAAUUAUUAUUGUUAUUAUUAUUCAUUCCGUUUUUUCCUCAAUUCAUAAUGUAUGUGUUCUGGGGUAAUUACUGUAGUCAAGCAUGGGAAGUAAUUCGUAAAUAUUUUGGUUCAGUACUAUCAUUUGGCUCACCUGAUUUUGGAAACCGAAAAAAGCAGCAGCUACUUCGGUCUGGCAAAAAAAUGCAGUUGCCCUAAAAAGCUAUGAAUCUAUGUUAACUUCCAACAGUGUCAAUUUUCAUUGAAAAGAUUCUGCUGAUAAAUGAUCAGAAAUUUUUAUUUGUUUUCAAAAAAUAUGGGAUGUGGCAUGAGUACCGAUUUUCUUAUUGUUUCUCAGCUAAAAUAAAAGUUGUUCAAGCA